CUAUGCAUUUCGCUAGGAUUUGUAUAACUUCUGCCGUCUUCUUCAGAUUUUCUUAUCUCCUUCUUUCCACUCCACUCAAGCCUAAAAAAUCAUGGCGGCUGCUCAAAUCAGCAAAAAGCGAAAGUUCGUUGCUGAUGGAGUCUUUUUCGCGGAACUCAAUGAGGUUUUGACCAGAGAAUUGGCUGAGGAUGGGUAUUCUGGAGUUGAAGUAAGAGUUACUCCUAUGCGCACCGAGAUCAUAAUCAGAGCCACCCGCACCCAAAACGUUCUCGGUGAGAAAGGUAGGAGGAUUAGGGAGCUUACCUCAGUGGUUCAGAAGCGAUUCAAGUUCCCAGAAAACAGUGUCGAGCUUUACGCUGAGAAGGUCAACAACAGAGGCCUUUGUGCUAUUGCUCAGGCCGAGUCCCUUCGCUACAAGCUACUCGGAGGCCUUGCCGUCCGCAGGGCCUGCUAUGGUGUGCUGAGAUUUGUCAUGGAGAGUGGUGCCAAGGGAUGCGAGGUUAUUGUUAGUGGAAAGCUAAGAGCUCAGCGAGCCAAAUCUAUGAAAUUCAAGGAUGGAUACAUGAUCUCUUCCGGCCAUCCAGUCAACGAAUAUAUUGACUCUGCUGUCAGACAUGUUCUUUUGAGACAGGGGGUGCUUGGUAUAAAGGUCAAGAUCAUGCUUGACUGGGAUCCCAAGGGUAAGCAGGGUCCUACAACUCCAUUGCCUGAUCUUGUCACAAUCCACCCGCCCAAGGAGGAUGAAGUUUUUAUCAGGAAAGAAGAGCCUGAGCCAACUGAUAUUGAGGUUCCAGUGAUGGCUUAAAUCUCUGAGGAUUACCCUUCUAAUUGUCACCUGUUUGAGUUUUGGACUAUGCUAGUUUCUUAGUGUUUUUUAGCUGAAAUUUGUCCCCAAAGACAUGUUCAGGUUGUGGUUUUCUGUACUUUCUUAUUAUGUUAUACUAAGGUUAUUAGUUUUUGUUCAAGUAUUUUUUU